GCUGCCUGGGUGGGUAUUUAUAUAUUAGAGUGGUUGGUUAGGAUCACAUGUGGGACCCCCACGUCUCCUCCUCCGGAUGGACGGGACGGGACGGACGCUUCCGGUUCACGUCUGGCCAUUCCACGCACGCUUUCCCCUCUCUCUGCUGGCUCGUGCUCCGCUCACUCGCUCGCCAUAAACGCGCAACAGCUGCAGGCAGAUCUGUCCGUUACCGCUGCUGCUACUUCCUUGCUUGUAUUUUAUAUGUAGGUGAGGUAAGCGGCCACGGAGCAAAGGAGGAGUGAAGUGCCGACGGACGGACCCCAGAGAGCACAAGUGAACAAAGCCGCCACCACCACCAGACCAGGGGAAAGGAAAGGGACUGCCGAGUGCCGACGCCCGACUGCGGCUGCGGCUGCGCUGCCAGAGAGAAGAGAAGGGGCGAUAAAAAUCCUGUCCGUAUCACCCUCCCUUCUCCAGUCCCAGUCCCAGUGGUGCCAGUGGAGUAGCGGCCGCUGCGCAGUACAGUGCAGUGCAGUGCAGGGGGUCGCCGGCGUCUCCCGCCGUCCGCUUCGAUCACCGUCGGACGCGGAGGAGGAGGAGAAGCGCCAAGACGAGGACAGGCGGGUUGCGGCGUCAUUCGCGGAACGAUGGCGGCCUGCCGCGCCGGCGGUUAGGCCCCUCCGCUCCGCUCCGCUCCUCCGAGAUUGUUGCCCUCUUGUUCCUGUGACCGAGAUAAAUUCAAUAGAAUUUUCUCCUAAGCUAUUUAAAGGACAACUAUGGCUACAAUUCAAGAUAUAGGACUCUCUGCGGCUAUCAACAUAAUGGGUGCUGUACUGUUCCUAGUUGCAUUUGCUUUCCUUCGACUGCAGCCAAUCAAUGAUAGGGUUUACUUCCCAAAAUGGUACCUCAAAGGUGCAAGAGAGAGUCCAAGUCAUGGGGGUACAUUUGUCCGGAAGUUUGUCAAUUUGGACAUGCGUUCAUACUUGAAAUUUUUAAGUUGGGUGCCUGCUGCUCUCAAAAUGCCUGAGGAUGAGUUGAUUAGCCAUGCCGGUCUGGAUUCAGCUGUGUAUCUGAGGAUUUACUUGGUCGGACUUAAAAUAUUUGCUCCAAUCUCAGUUCUAGCUUUCAUUGUUCUUGUCCCUGUUAAUUGGACCAAUGAUACUCUGCAAUUCUCGAAGUUAGAGCACAGCAAUGUUGAUAAGCUUUCAAUAUCAAACAUACCAGUUGGAUCAAAAAGGUUUAUAGCCCACUUGGCAAUGGCGUAUGUUUUCACAUUUUGGACCUGCUAUGUACUGUUACGUGAGUAUGAAGUAGUUGCAAAGAUGAGACUGCGAUUUCUUUCAUCAGAGAAACGCAGACCAGAUCAGUUCACGGUCCUUGUGCGGAAUAUACCGCCUGAUCCAGAUGAAUCAAUUAGUGAGCUUGUGGAACAUUUCUUUCUUGUGAAUCAUCCUGGUCACUAUCUGACACAUCAGGUGGUUUACAAUGCAAAUAAACUUGCUAAAUUGGUGAAAGAGAAAGCAAAGAUGCAUAAUUGGCUUGACUACUAUCAGCUGAGAUUUGAAAGGAAUGCAUCUAAAAGGCCUACUACUAAGACUGGUUUUCUUGGUUGUUUUGGUACGAAGGUGGAUGCCAUUGAAUACUACACAUCAGAAAUUGAGAGGAUAGAAAAUGAAGAAGCAGAAGAGCGUGAAAAAAUUGUAAAGGAUCCCAAAUCCAUUGUACCAGCAGCAUUUGUUUCCUUCCGAUCACGUUGGGGUGCAGCAGUUUGUGCUCAGACACAGCAAACCAGUAACCCAACUGUUUGGUUGACAGAAUGGGCUCCAGAACCUCGUGAUGUGUACUGGGAUAAUUUGUCUAUUCCAUUUGUCUCCCUUACAGUUCGAAGGCUGAUAAUUGCAGUGGCAUUCUUCUUCCUGAACUUCUUUUAUGUGUUCCCAAUAGCAUUUGUUCAGUCUCUUGCAAAUCUUGAAGGGAUUGAGAAGGCAGCGCCGUUUCUGAAGCCUCUGAUUGAAGAGCAUACUAUUAAAUCAUUCAUCCAAGGUUUCCUUCCGGGAAUUGCUCUGAAGAUCUUCCUUAUAUUGCUCCCAAGCAUAUUAAUGUUUAUGUCUAAGGUUGAAGGAUUGACCUCAAUAUCUUCACUGGAGAGAAGAUCUGCAUCAAAGUAUUAUAUUUUCAUAUUCUUCAAUGUGUUUCUGGCAAGCAUUAUUGCAGGAUCUGCUUUAGAGCAGCUAAAAAGCUAUAUUCAUCAGUCAGCAAAUGAAAUACCAAGGACGAUUGGUGAAGCAAUUCCAAUGAAGGCAACCUUUUUUAUAACAUAUACAAUGGUUGAUGGUUGGGCUGGGGUAGCUGGUGAGAUAUUGAGAUUGAAGCCACUAGUGAUCUUCCACCUGAAAAACUUUUUCUUGGUCAAGACUGAGAAAGACAGGGAAGAGGCAAUGGACCCUGGAAGUAUUGGUUUUGACUCAAGCGAACCUCAAAUUCAGCUGUAUUUCUUACUUGGUCUUGUCUAUGCGGCAGUGACACCAUUUUUGCUCCCUUUUGUAUUGAUAUUCUUUGGGUUUGCGUACGUUGUAUACCGCCACCAGAUAAUAAAUGUGUAUAAUCAAGAAUACGAGAGUGCAGCAGCAUUUUGGCCAAGUGUUCAUGGACGCAUAAUCACAGCGUUGAUUGUAUCACAGCUGCUUCUCCUUGGGUUACUUAGCACAAAAGGCGCUGGCCAGUCAACACCUGUGCUCCUUGUUCUUCCUGUAGUGACCUUCUAUUUCCACAAGUACUGCAACAACCGCUACAAACCGACUUUUGUGAAAUGCCCAUUGCAGGAGGCGAUGAAGAAGGAUACCCUGGAACGUGCCAGAGAGCCAGGAUUUGACCUCAAAGGAUACCUAAUGAAUGCCUACAUCCACCCGGUGUUCAAAGGUGAUGGGGACGACGACAAGUUCUCAGUCGCAGAUGAACCAGAAGCCGAGCAAGUCCUGGUGGCAACCAAGCGGCAGUCCAGGCGGAACACCCCCGUGCCCAGUAAAUACAAUGGGUCGGAAUCACCUUCGCUUCCUGAAAUUGUAAAUGACCAACGGCUAUAAAGAUGUCUACAGUUUUCCUAUGUAUACUAGGUAUAUGCCCGUGCGUUGCCACGGAAGUUAAAAAAUAGUAUAAAACAUGUAUACCGAACACCAUGUUCUAGACAAUGCUAGUGAAACUGAAAUAAAAAUAGCUACAUAAUUGCUUAAAUAGUUAUACAGCUCGUAGCACAAACAAAACAAAGUUGGGCAUAACGUUAAGUGACACUUUUCCUGUAUCAGACUUGGACUAUGUCCCGGCUAAUGCUUGUAGCCUUUGAAUAUUAUCGGGACCCAUUGAUCACUA